AUGUCACUCCCCGACCCCUCUUUCGAAAAAUCCAACCUGGUCAUCCGCAGCACGUCGGACAUCCACGUGGAUCUAAGCCUCGCCAGUCCCGGGCUCGCACCCGAUCCGCAACCUAGCACGCCCCGGAUGGGGGAGACCGAGGUGCACCCAGCCCGCCUUCCGGACUGGAGCAAUCUCGAGGUUAUUCACCGCAACACGCUGCCGCCGCGGAGCCACUUCCACGUCUACAACUCGGAGGAAGACGCGCUAUCUGGCGACGUGGCCCGCUCGCGGGCCGCCCUGCUGUCCGGCAACUGGGGGUUCGAACUCACGACGGGGCCGUUCAAGGGCUCCCGCAACUUCUACGAGCCCGGCUUCGACACCUCCGGAUGGGCGCUCAUCAAGGUGCCCGGCAUGUGGCAGCUGCAGGGCCACGGCAAGGGGCCGCAGUACACCAACGUCGACUUCCCCUUCCCGGUCAACCCGCCGCACGUCCCGUACGACGACAACGAGUGCGGCCGCUACGUCACAACCUUCGCGGUGCCGGCGGCCCUGAAAGACGGAGCGGACCAGUGGCGCCUGCGGUUCGAAGGCGUCGAUGCCGCCUUCACCGUCUGGCUGAACGGCAAAGAGGUCGGCUACUCGCAGGGCUCCCGGAACCCCAGCGAAUUCGACGUAUCGGCGUUCCUGGCCCUGGAUUCCGAGAAUACCCUGUGUGUUGAGGUCUAUCAGCGAUGCGACGGGAGUUACAUCGAGGAUCAAGACCAGUGGUGGCUCAGCGGCAUCUUCCGAGAUGUCUGGUUGCAUUCCUUCACGGGUAGCCGUUUCGAGGAUUUCCACGUCCAAACGCUCCUCGAUGACGACUAUGUAGACGCUUCGCUUUGGGUCAACGUUACCCUGAACGAGGCCGGCGAGACAAUCACGUCAAAGCUUCUAGACGGCGAAAAGAGUGUGGUCGCCAGCAAUUCGCACGCUACUCUCGACAGGUCGAGCACGUUCGAGUACAGGAUUGAGAAUCCGCACAAGUGGACGGCGGAAACCCCCUACCUAUAUACUUUGGUGCUUUCCGUCGGGUCUAUUCACGUUGCCCAAAAGGUCGGCUUCCGCCGGGCGGAGCUCAUCGACGGCGUGUUCUGCGUCAACGGAAGCCCGAUCAAGAUCCGCGGGGUGAACCGCCACGAGCACAACACGUACUCUGGACGGACAGUCCCGUACGGGAGCCUGAAGUGGGAUCUCGAACUGAUGGCAUCUUUCCAGAUUAACGCUAUACGUACAUCCCAUUACAUAAACGACACGAGGCUAUACGAUCUAGCCGACGAGAUGGGCUUCUGGGUCUUGGACGAAGCCGACCUCGAAUGCCACGGGUUCGAGCCGAUCAGCAGCAACCCGGCAAGCUUCACCUCCGACAACCCGAAGUGGAGGAAGGCCUACGUGGAUCGUGCCGUGCAGAUGGUGAUGCGGGACAAAAACCACCCGUCUAUCAUCCUGUGGUCCCUCGGCAACGAGGCCUUCUACGGGCGCAACCACCAGGCGAUGUAUGACGCGAUCAAGAAGAUCGACGACACGCGCCUGAUACACUACGAAGGCGACAAGCAGGCGCAGACGGCGGACAUCUUCAGCCGGAUGUACACGUCCGUCGACGACAUGAUCAAGUAUGCCGAGGAGAAGGACUGGGAAAAGCCUUUCGUGAUGUGCGAAUUCGCACACGCCAUGGGCAACGGCCCGGGCGCCAUACAGGAGUAUAUCGAGGCCUUCUACAAGUACCCGCGGCUCAUGGGCGGUUUCGUGUGGGAGUGGGCGAACCACGGCCUCGCAGCUAAGACGGAGGGCGGCGAGGAGUACAUGGCAUAUGGUGGCGACUUCCAGCCGUUCGAACCGAACGACGGUAACUUCGUUAUGGACGGGCUCUGCAACUCACGGCACUUUGGGGGCCCCGGACUUGACGAGUAUGGCAAGGCCAUCGAGCCGGUUCAGGUGCUCGAGACGCGGGGCAACGACAUAACCAUUGUCAACCGCUACGACUUCUUAACCCUGGAUCACCUCGAGUGCCAUUGGGAGCUUAUCGCGGACCGCCAACAGAUCAUCGGCCACAGGGUCUUGAUCCCGCAGGGCGUCAGGCCCCACACCGAGGCAGUGCUUACGCUCGGCUUCUUUCCAACGACGGCAUCGGCGGACACUUGGCUACAGCUAGAGUUCACCGCGAGCGAAGAAAGCAGGUGGGUACCGGCCGGCCGGGUCGUGGCACGAUGUCAGAUCCAGCUAACGCCGGCGCGGUCGCUCGCGAUGCUCAAGACGCUUGCGGCACCGGGGCAGCCACCACGGGUAGAGCGUAAGGACGGCGUGUUCCUGGUGACGAUCGCGCAGGGCACGAAGUUCGGGUUCGACACGGGGACGGGGACGCUGUCGUGGCUGUCGCGGGCGGCGCGGCCAAACCAGAACUUGAUAACGGAGCCAUUCGUGCUCGACUUCUACCGCGCGCUGACAGACAACGACCGCGGCGGGCGAUUCGGCCCCGAGUGGCGGGCGGCGCGCCUGCACCAGACGCGGAACCACUUCUCGCAGAUGUCGACGAGCGUCGCCGACAACGGGGACGUCGUCGUCGUCGUGCGGUCGCGCGUGGCGCCGCCGGUGCUGGCCUGGGCCGUCGAGGCCGAGACCACGUACACGCUCACGCCGGCCCACUGCAGCGUGCGGGUGCGGGCGCGGCCUAGCGGGGGCGAGGCGCUGCCGAGCACGUUCGCGCGCUUCGGGCUGACGUUCGGGAUGCGCAACCUCCGGAUCGUCGAGUGGUUCGGGCGCGGGCCAGGGGAGUCGUACGCGGACCGGAAGCAGGCACAGCUGGUCAACACGUGGGGGCAGCUCGCGGGGAUGAUGUGCUACGAGUACGAGUUCCCGCAGGAGAGCGGGAACCGGACGGACGUGCGGUGGGUGGAGCUGCGAUCGCAAUGGGGAGGGGGGAGCGCCGUCCGCACCGGCCGAGCUGCCGCCGCCGCCGACGACGACGACCUGUUCCACGAUGGCCACAGCGGUGACGGUGACGGUGACUCGGGCCUGCUGCUGCGGGCGCGGUUCGGCGACCACGCGGGGGCGAGCUUCGCGGCUUCAAAGUACGCGACGCGGGACGUGGACGCGAGCGCGCACCCGCACGAGCUGCGGCGGCACCGGCGCCACGAUUCCCUCGUGCGGCUCGACUGGUUCCACCACGGCCUCGGGACGGGGAGCUGCGGGCCGGCGACGCUGCCGGCGUACCAGCUCCGGACGGACCGCGAGUUCGACGUCGAGCUGCUGCUCGACUGA